AUGCUGAAAUCAAUCCUAUUUCUCGUAAGCACGCUAUUAGUUGCUAAGACUUAUGCCGAUGAUAGUACAGCUGAAUCUUUAUAUGGUACAUGGUCAUCUAAAUCAAACCAAGUAUUUACAGGACCAGGAUUUUAUGAUCCAGUUGAUGAACUUCUAAUAGAACCAUCUUUACCAGGUUUAUCAUAUUCUUUCACUGAAGAUGGUUACUUUGAGGAAGCUACCUACCAAGUUAGUGCUAACCCAAAGAAACCAGGUUGUCCAGUUGCAGCUGUCAUUUAUCAACAUGGUACAUAUAAUAUUUCAAGUAAUGGUACUUUAGUAUUAACCCCAAUCAAAGUUGAUGGUAGACAAUUAUUAAGUGAUCCAUGUAAUGAUGACGGUACUUCUGUAUAUUCUAGAUAUAAUCAAACUGAAACAUUCAAAUCUUUUGCAGUUGGUGUUGAUCCAUAUCAUGGGAUCUAUAAAUUACAAUUAUAUCAAUUUGAUGGUUCUCCAUUGCAACCAUUAUAUUUGGCCUAUAGACCACCUAUGAUGUUACCUACCGAAACAUUAAACCCAACAGACAAUUCAGAUGAUAGUGCUUCGGAGACUGGUUCUUCUAAUUCUAAGAGAUCUUUAAGUGAACUUGUCAAGAGAGGUUUAGAAAAUAAACAUAGAACUAAUGCUGUUAAGAACAAUCAUCAAGGAUUCAUUUUCUCAAAUGUCUUCUGGUAUGUGUCUAUGGUUUUGUUAGGUGUUGGUUCAAUUGCAUUCCUAGCUUAUUAG